GGCGGCGGCCGACCUGCAGGCGGCAGUGCAUGCGCUGCACGUGCUGGUGGUGCUGGCGCCAGCCGUGCAUCCCGACCUCGUGCCGCAGCUGCAGGCGCUGCUGCCGCUGGUUGGGCGCUGCCUGCAGCACCCCAAUGCGGCGGUGAAGCUUGCGGCGGCCAGGAGCAUCGCGGCACUGGCACGCGCGCACACGACGGCUCUCAUGCCGCCGAUACUGCGCCUGCUGGCACCCUUGCUGGAAGGCGGCGCACCCGACGACGCCCGCCUGGGCACCCUGCUGGCGCUGCAUGCCGCCGUGGCCUCCCUGGGCCUGGCCCUGGUGCCUUACUCGCUGCUGGUGGUGGUGCCGCUGAUGGGGCGUAUGAGCGACAGCCAGCCCACGGCGCGCGUGCUGGCGGCGCGCACCUUUGCGUCGGUGGUGGCGGUGAUGCCGCUGGCACAGGGCGGCGGCGAGCCUCCCGGGCUGGACGACGCGCAGCGGCGCCUGCUGACCAGCGAGGGCCGCUUCCUGCACCAGCUGCUGGACAACUCCACCAUGGAUGACUACCGCCUGCCCAUACAGCUGGCGGGCACGCUGCGGCGGUACCAGCAGGAGGGUAUCAACUGGCUGGCCUUCCUGCGCCGCUUUGGCCUGCACGGCGUGCUGGCGGACGACAUGGGCCUGGGCAAGACGCUGCAGGUGGGGGCUGGGGCCGUGGCCUGGCCUGGCCUGGCCUGGCCUGGGUGGCUGGAGCGCCGGCGCGCGGCGCAGGACCGGCCGGUACCGUCGCUGGUGGUGUGCCCCUCCACGCUGGUGGCCCACUGGCCCUUUGAGAUUGGAAAGUUUGUGGGGCCGGAGGUACUGCGCCCGCUGCAGUACCACGGCACGCCCGCCGAGCGCGCCGCGCUGCGCCGCCAGCUGGCCUCCCAUGACGUCGUGGUCAUGAGCUACGAGAGCCUGCGCGCGGACGUGGACUGGGUGUGCGCCCAGGCCUGGUCCUACUGCGUACUGGAUGAAGGCCACGCCAUCCGCAACCCGGCCAGCAAGGUGGUGCAGGCGGCCAAGCGCGCGGGGCGGGGGGCGCGCCACCCCCUGCUGCUGUCGGGCACGCCCGUGCAGAACAACGUGGGGGAGCUGUGGAGCCUUUUCGAUUUCCUCAUGCCCGGCCUCCUGGGCUGGGAGCGCCAGUUCAGCGCCCGAUACGGCCGCACGCUGCAGGCGGCGCGCGCCAGCAAGCGCGGCAGCGCGGAGGCGGAGGCGGGGCUGCUGGCUGUGGAGGGGCUGCACCGCCAGGUCAUGCCCUUUGUGCUGCGCCGCACCAAGGACGCGGUGCUGGCAGACCUGCCGCCCAAGAUUGUGCAGGAUGUGGUGGUGGAUCCCUCCCCCCUGCAGCGACACCUCUACCAGGAGUUCCAAAACAGCCAGGCCCUGGCCCAGAUCUCUGGGCUGGUGGGGGCUGGCGGGGUGUCGGGAGGGGGCGCCCCCUCGCCUCCUCCCCACGUCUUCCAGAGCCUGCUCUACCUGCGCAAGCUGUGCAGCCACCCGCUGCUGGUGCUGGACCCGGCGGUGCCGCAGCACAUGCAGCACGGCGGCGACUGGGCGGCGGCGCAGGCGGCCCUGCGCUCCAGCCUGGCCCACGCGCCCAAGCUGGCAGCCCUGCAGGAGCUGCUGCUGGAGGCGGGUGGGGGAGAGGCAGCUAGGGGGCAGGGUGGGCAGGUUGCGGGCAGGCCAGGCCAGGGCCAGGCCAGCCCCGGGGUGCCUGCAGCGCAUGCACUGGCAGGCCACCCAGGCGUGUGCCCCACCCUUGCCCUGCACCUGCUCCCCCCGCUCCGGCAGCGGCCCUGCGCCGGUCGGCGCCCACCCGCCCCGCCUGCAUGCCGCCCACACCCCGACCCCCUAACCCCCACCCCCCCACCCUCCCCGCUGCCGCAGGCCAUGGACCGCGCCCACCGCCUGGGCCAGCAGCGCACGGUGAACGUGUACCGCCUGUUGGUGCGGGGCACGGUGGAGGAGCAGAUCAUGAGCCUGCAGCGCUUCAAGCUGGACGUGGCCGCCACCCUGGUCAACGCGGACAACGCCAGCCUGGCGGCCAUGGACACAGGCAACCUGCUGGACAUCUUCACGCUGCAGGACGGCGCCGCAGCGCCCGCCAAGCAGCAGGCCGGUGGGGAGGGUGCCGAGGCGGCGGCGGCGGCGGCGGGUGGCAAGAAGGGCGGCGGGCUGCAGGCGGUGCUGGCUGGGCUGGGCGACCUGGAGGCAUCAGAGGCGCAGUAUGCCGACCAGUUCAGCCUAGCCAGCUUCCAGGAGAAGCUGGGCAAGCAGGGGUGA